AUUAAUUAAUCGAUGAGCACCAUCCCUGGCAGCAAAUUUAGUGGAAAUACGUAUUGUUUACAAACAUUUGCAAUUACUUAAAUAAUGGGUACUCCCCGCAAAAGUUCCAACUACUUUUCACCCUACUCACAAAAUGUGCGGCAAUAUCCAUCGCAAACAUCGGACUAUAUGUCGCAGCAUGCUGGCGGCGUGCAAUCCCCAUACACACCGCAGGACCGAAGCGGACAGAGGUCUAAUCAAAACACACCGCAUUUCUACCAAAGCAGAACGCCGCAACACCAAAAUAGUGGCUUUUACGAGGACAGACAGGGCUCCGACGCCAAUACGGCGCACUUCUAUCAGAUCAAAUCUCCGCACCAGCAACAAAGAGGAUCUCGACCUUUUGGCCAACGCGGCGGCAGACGGGGACAUCAUCAACAUCGACAAUUUAAUGAGUGGAACGUCAAUUCGUUCUCUCAGUACUUUCACAAUUCAAUGUUGGAGGAUCCAUGGCGCGAAUUAAUGGAACGCCACGAGGCAAUACACGGCAGCGCCCUAAAUGAACAAGACCGAAUAGACAUUUAGAUGCAUAGCUUCAGUUCAACACUUUAUAUAUACAUUUACGAAUCGUGUUUCUUUUAUAAAACUCAAUUUUUAAACACUUAA